AAGUAAAACCCUAUAUCAUCUCUCUUUCUUGUGUGCUGGUUUUAUCAAAACCCAAUUUUACUCUCUCUCCGAUCUGCAUGUUCUCUCAUCAGACUGUGGAGAAAGAGCAGCACUGAAUCGGCUUCUCUAUUCUCUGAUUGCAGUUCUGUGUUGCAUCAGACGGAAGUCGAUUUGAACAGAUUGAAUUUUGUAGCAAAAGUCCGGAUUUCAUAAAUUCAAGAUGAAGAACACUGAGCGUCUUGCCAAUUUUGCUUUAGCAGGUCUAUCUUUGGCACCUCUAUUUGUCAAGGUUGAUCCAAAUUUAAAUGUUAUUUUGACUGCUGGCCUCACAGUUUAUGUGGGUUGCUACCGUUCUGUUAAGCCAACUCCACCCACUGAGACUAUGUCAAAUGAACAUGCUAUGCGGUUCCCUCUGGUUGGAAGUGCCAUGCUACUAUCGUUGUUCUUACUCUUUAAGUUUUUGUCAAAAGACUUGGUUAAUGCAGUUCUAACUUGCUACUUCAUUGUACUUGGGAUUGUUGCACUUUCGGCAACUUUGUUACCUGCAAUCAGUCGUUUUCUUCCACAGAAAUGGAAUGAUGAUGUGAUUGUCUGGCGGUUUCCUUAUUUCAGCUCUUUGGAGGUUGAAUUCACAAGGUCUCAGGUCGUAGCAGGAAUUCCUGGGACCUUUUUCUGUGCUUGGUAUGCUUCAGCAAAACAUUGGUUAGCUAACAACACAUUAGGUUUAGCUUUCUGCAUUCAGGGAAUUGAAAUGCUUUCACUAGGAUCAUUCAAGACAGGAGCCAUUCUUCUUACUGGACUUUUUGUAUAUGACAUUUUCUGGGUUUUCUUCACCCCGGUUAUGGUCAGCGUUGCCAAAUCUUUUGAUGCUCCAAUAAAGCUUUUGUUCCCAACCAGAGUUGCUGCACGUCCAUUUUCAAUGCUUGGACUUGGUGACAUUGUGAUUCCAGGUAUAUUUGUGGCAUUGGCACUGCGAUUUGAUGUGUCUAGGGGUAAAGAAAGCCAAUAUUUCAAGAGCGCGUUUCUGGGAUACAAUUUUGGUGUUGUGCUUACAAUUAUUGUUAUGAAUUGGUUCCAAGCUGCACAGCCUGCUCUGCUCUAUAUAGUACCAUCUGUCAUUGGAUUUCUGGCAGCUCAUUGCAUAUUUAAUGGUGAAGUCAAGCAGCUGCUUGAGUUUGAUGAGGCUAAGAAAUCCGAAGAUGAGAAAGACGGCGCAGCUGAAACAAGCAAGAAAGAAGAAUGAGAGAGGCUCACAAAUUAUACACACCAGUCGAAAUCUUGACCCAAGAAUUAUAGUUGUUUGUUGUGCCCAUCAGGGGUUUCAACACCUUUUUUUUUUUUAAGAAAAAACUUCAUGCAAUGGCUGCUAGUGCUGUUGUAAAAACAAAAAUCUUAUUUAGAAGUGAAUCCUCUUUUUUGUU